GAGAAAUCCCAACCAUACUACUCCAGAGACCUGUCCCCUUCAAUUGCCCAUCCAAAGAGUCCUCCAAAUCUCCCACAACCCAAUGAAAACAAAAUCAACAACAAUGCCCCCCCGACCCCCCAAACCAACCGACUUCCCCUCCCACCUCACCCUAACAAUCACCCACCCCACCGCAGGCCCUCAGACCACCCAAACCACCACGAAAGACCCAAGCCCGAACCCAACAUCCCCAAACAUCCUCCUCCUCCUACACGGCCUGGGCGACACCGCCGCAAACUUCACCUCGUUCGCGCGCGCCCUCAACCUCCCCGAAACCACCGUCCUAACCCUGCAAGCCCCGCAGCCCCUCCCCUUCGACCUGGGCGGCUACCACUGGGGCGACGACGUGACAUUCACGCCGGCCGGGGAGCUGGACAUGGACGCCGGCUUUGCGCGGGCGGUGCGCACGAUCGUGCAGGAGGUUGUGCUGGGGACGCUGGUCCGGAAGUGCGGGUAUCAGGUGCGGGACGUGUUGGUGUUUGGGCUCGGGCAGGGGGGAAUGGUGGGAUUGGAGGUUGCGGAGGGGGUUGCUGCUGCUGUUGUUACUGCAGAACUCAAGGGUGACGAGGGUGAGGGGGGUAAAGGUGAGCGUGGUGAGAGGAAUGAUCGAUGGUUGUCGGGGGUGGUGUCGAUUGGGGCACCGUAUCCAUUGUCUGCAGUGAAGAAUACUACGACGACGCAGAAAAACCGGACGCCAGCUUUGCUAGUCGCCGGGAGGGAUUCCCUCGCCGUGACAGAGAGUGCGGUCCGCCGGACCAAAGAUCGGUUUGAGUUUGUCGAGGUCCAUCGGUAUGCGCGGAGGGGCGAUGGGAUGCCCAGGAGUCGCGAGGAGAUGUUGCCGAUUAUGCAGUUCUUGGCUAGGAGGUUGAAGAGUUGGAAGGGUGUGCCAGAGGGCAGUGUGGAGAUCUCUUGAAAACCAAAACCUCCUACAAGAAAAAAAACCCCCUCAAUGCUAAUGGAUGAGUGGGUGGGAUAUUACUCUCCAUACUGUGUGGUUCGGUUGUAUGACAUUCAUUGUUGAAGUCAUAGUGGUACAGUACAUUCG